UAGCGCACACAAAGCGGCACAAUAUCCUAUUUUCCUACGCUCGUUCUACUUAAUCGUAAUUCCAACCAUGCGCGUCAAAACAGUUCAGAUCAACUGGCAUGACAAACUGCCGAUAUUUAGCGUCGACUUUGACCACAGCUACAGCGGCACAGGCUGGCGAUUCGCCACAGGCGGCGGCGACAACAACGUGCGCAUAUGGCGGCUACGCACCCCACAAGAGCGCGAAACCGACGCGCAGUCUCCGGCCGUCGAAUUCCUGGCCAGCCUCAACCGACACACAGCGCCGGUCAACGUCGUACGCUUUGCUCCCGGAGGCAGCCGCCUGGCGAGCGCGGGCGACGACGGAGUUAUCAUUAUCUGGCGCCAAGUGGCCGAGGUGGCCGGAGAAGAUAUUGAGGCGUGGCGGCCGGCAGCAAUGCUGCGCGGGUCGCUGGCGGAUAUUUGCGAUUUGGCUUGGAGCCCCUGCGGCGGGUUCAUCGUCAGCGCGUCGGUGGAUAAUACGGCGCGUAUCUGGGAUGCCCGGGAGGCAAGGUGCUUGCAGGUGCUGGCCGACCAUACACACUACGUGCAGGGCGUUGCUUGGGAUCCGAGGGGCGAGUUUCUGGUUACACAAAGUAGCGACCGGUCGGUGCGCAUGUACCGCUGGCUGGGCGCAGCCAAGGCGGCAGCGCGGCCGGGGUCGGAGAUAGCCAUGCCUCUGGCCGCUCACUACUCGAUGCCGCGUCUGGACACUGAUGCUGGGGUUAUGGAGGCCAAUGGCGAAGACAGCGCACGGGAGGAUAGUGGAGACACCAAGGAUGCGGAUCUGCAGGGUAUGGAUGUGGACUCGGCACAGCACAAGCCGGCUAUCCGCAAAACACAGCGACUGUUCCACGACGACAACUUAGCGUCCUUCUUCCGCCGCCCGUCCAUAUCACCCGACGGCCGCCUGGUGACCACGGCAGCCGGCAUCCAGCGCGACCGCGCAUCGCGCAACACCUGCUAUGUGUGGGCCCGCGACCACCUCCAGGCCGCGCCCCUUCUUACUCUGGGCGGCCACACAAAACCAGUUGUGGCCUCUCGCUGGGCGCCCUGCACUUUUGCCCCGCGCGAAUCUUCUACUUCGACGCCUUGGGUUGAUUUGCAGGAGCCUUGUCGGAUGAUGUUGGCUGUGGCAUCGCAGAAUGCCGUGGCGCUUUACGAUACGUCGGCCGGCGCUCACGCCGUGGGCCUGAUGUCCGGGCUGCAUUAUGCUGCUAUCACGGAUAUUGCCUGGUGCAAGGACGGCUCACAUCUUAUUAUCGCAUCUAUCGAUGGGUUUGCCAGCAUUGCUUCUAUUGAGCAGCCGACAGAGCCUGUUUAUGUGCCUGGAAACGAGGCAUCCGCCGAGAGUGCGGCUGGCGCGCAGGAGCAGCCGCAGGCGAACUCUGGGUUGACAGAGGCUGUUGCUGCCACUGCUGAGGUUGCUUCUGCAGAGGCGGCGCGCAAUAAGGGCAAAAAGCGCCUGGCACCGACAUUCAUCAGUACACUUUAGAAUUGCAUUUUGUUUGUACUGAGAACCUGCACAUAUACUAUUUGACUACCAAUUUUGGAUUAAUUGCGAGCGACAGAGCUGCAAAUGCAAGUGCAGUUGCAGUUGCAAUUACAACAAAUUUUUGCUGUGCCUGCUGACACCCUUUUUUUUCUUCCCGAAACAGUCUUUCGACGGUGGGAUUGAUUUUCAUCACUGGGUUUUGCUAUUUUUGAAAUCUGACAAUAGAG